UCGUUGAAGUGAGGAAAAAAAGAAAAAAAAAGGAAAAAAUCAGAAACAGGGGCUCGUUUUUUACGCGCGUAAUGCGUCCGAUCGCGAGGGAAGCGUGAACGACUUGCAAAAUUGCCAAUUCGUUCUUUGAUUUUUCCCAAUCGAAGACAGCUUUUUCAAUCCUCUACGACAUUGAUCUUGUUCCUCUCUCUCUCUCUCUCUCUCUCUCUCUCUCUGAAGUCUCAAAUUCUUUGGGAAUGGAUUAUUAACUGUCAAUGUGCAAGAAACCCUAGCCGAUUUCGUCGGAAACAACUGGAUCUCGCUGGGGUUUAUUCUACCUGCCAUCUAGAUCCUGUUUUCAAAGUAGACGUUUGUUACCGCUCUAGAAAGCCUGAAAUCCUGAAUAUCAUAAAAAUUUGGAAAAGGAGGAAAUAUGGGGAACAAUUGGUUGUUUUUCGUUGAUCUUGAUGGUGGCUCACCCUAUAACUUGCCAAUCGAGCCCUUUACAUCUCACAGAUUUGGAGGUCAUCUAUUUUUGCAUAUUAGUUCCUUCAUGGAUAAUUCUCUAUAUCAGUCUAGAAAUUUGUACCUGGCUGGAAGUUUAGCUCUUCAAGAAGCCUUUAAUUGCUUUUCAAAGAUCGCUGGUGCGCUAUUAUUAUGGUGCUCAAGUACAUCAAGUGCAAACAUGACUAGGGAGAUAGCAGAUGAUCUGCAUGGUUCAAAUUCUAGAAGCUUUAAAAACUUUGCUGAAGUUAAGAGCAUCCGUUCUGGUAGACUUGGGUCUAGAGGGUUUCACUUUAGCUUUAAUUUGGAAAAGGAACACGCCAACCCAAUUUUUCUUGGCAAGAUUGGCAGUUUUGUUACAGAACUCCUCGGUAAAGAAACUGGAAGACAUCAGUUACAUCCUUUGCUCUCGGUAGCGGCGGCUUUAGUUCCUCCACUUAACAACUUGGCCAGCAGAUCAUCAGAUGUUAUAGCUGUUCCAUUGGAGAACAAUGAACUGCAAGUGCAUGGAUGCAUGAAUCAAAAACCUUGUGAAGUUGCGUGUAGAGGAAAUGCUGGUUUAACUUUUCCUGAUUUGAACUGGACAAGACAUGCAAUUGAAUCCAAAACUGGCAUCGAGUUUCCCAUGAUACUGGAUAACAUUUUGUCUGGAGAAAAUAAUUCUAGCUUGAGUUCGGAGAUUCUUGUUGGAACUGGAUCCAGAAUUAUGAAAAUAGUCAAAAUUAAAUCCUUGAAGGUCUAUGCUUUUGGCUUUUAUGUUCACCCAAACUCUGUCUGUGAGAAGCUUGGUCCAAAAUAUGCUUCUUCUUCAGCAGAUGAAUUAAAUGAGUGCCGUGAUUUUUAUGAGGACCUUCUCAGGGAGGAUAUCAAUAUGACUGUCAGGCUCGUGGUUAAUUGCAAUGGGAUGAAAAUCAACACUGUUAGAGAUGCUUUUGAGAAAUCACUUAGAGCACGACUGUUGAAGGCAAAUCCAGAAACUGAUUACCAUUGUGUGAGGACGUUUGGUUCUUUCUUCACUAAAGAUAUUCCAUUACCUGCGGGAACAACAAUUGAUUUUCGACAGACAGCUGAUGGACAACUAAUCACUGAAAUGGGAGGCACUCUGAUUGGAGCAGUUCGUAGUAAGGAAUUGUGUAGGGCAUUCUUUGACAUGUACAUUGGAGAUGUUCCAGUGUCGGAAGAAACGAAAAAAGAGAUCGGUAGAAAUGUGGCAGGUAUUAUCGGUAGAUGCUGAAAUAUUUUUUCCGAAGUUCCAACUUCCAUUGUCCCCAUUUUAUAUGGACAAUUUUGGUUGCUGUGACACGAGGAACUGCAGGCAGGCUUAGUAGCAACAGGACCAUUUUCACCUCCAUUGUUCCCAUUGUUCCACUUUCACUUUGGUUUUUCGCUCAAAAGCUGGCAAUAGCGGGUGAGAUCUAGUACAUAUUUCAAAAGAUAAGGGGAAAAAAAAAAAAACAGGUGCCACACCAAUUAAUCAAUUGAAUUUUUUGUGUCGAGGGCUGCUAAAUAGAUUGGCAGGUUACGUCAAAUUGAUCGGCAUUCAUUCUUUGGGUUUUCUCUACUUAUAUUUAUUCCCAUUUGCUAUGUAAUAUUUUCAUCAUUUUCUCGCAGCCUUUGUUCCAAGGAAAUGGAGUAAUGUGGUCGGGAGUUGUACGAAUUCUCCCUCCCCCACCCCUUAAAUUUAGAACAAUUUUUGGAUGGUAAAGAUUUAGGGUAGGAAAAAGUUUGUUUCUUACGCUUUCUACUUGGCUUUUAUGAGUCAUGUCUAUUGUCUAAUAUCAAAAAGUUAGUUUCGACUAUUCUUAGGA